UUGAACGAUCGAAAACCCCAACCGCGAAAGAAACCAAGCAACAAUAGCAUAGCAUCUCCGUCUCUGUUGUAGCAACUAUGGCUCUCGAAACUGAUCCGUCUGGAGGCUCGGAAGAAGUUCACACCGAUGUUCUAGCGGAAUUCAGACAAGCUUGCUACAAGGCUCGCGAUGCUUUUUAUGCUUGUGUGGAGAAGGAAUCAGACAAGAAGCCCACUGAAAUUGCUUCUGUUGGCCUUCUUUAUCCCGCUGAGUGUAAAGCCUCCAGGGCUGAGUUUGUCAAACUUUGUAGGGCUUCUUGGGUGAAGCAUUUUGAUAGGAAGUUUUGUCAGAACAGUAGGGUUCAAAGACUCUUAGAUGACAAAGAUUCGAGGAGAGGCCCUUUGGUACUUCCGCAGCCUUACACUUUCAAGCCCACUAGUUGAACAAAACACCAUCCCCAGGCAGAACUAUUUUGGGCGGUCAGAAUCUCAUGACUAUUGUUAUUUUGUUUUGUUUUCUUUUUUUCCUUCUCUUACUUUGUACAGAGAUGAUUGUGGCAAUAAACUUCAUAAUAAUGCACUCUUCUUACCAACUUACAAAAGCCUAUUCCUUUCCUGUCAUACA